AUGGAAACCCUAGACCAGCCGUUACCAAUCCCCAACUUCGCCCUAGCCGACACCUCUGCACACCUGCCCAACCCUUGCGCGCACCCCGGCCGCCGGCAGGAAUGUUCUCACCCUCGGGCCCCCUCCCCUGGCCAUGCCCGACCUCCGGCGACUGCCGGCGUGCCGUCGUCACUGGCCCCGCGCGCAGCCGCUGCUGCCUUGGCAGCCUGCAGCCUUGCUGGCCGAGCUCGGGCCGGGACCGAGCUGCUGCUGGCCUGCGCGCCGCCGCCACCUGGUGACGGCCGUGCCGCCUCCCUCCGGCCUCCCGCCGGCACCUCCGCGACCGGCCAGAGUGGCCGCCGCCGUCGCUCCUGCGGUCUGCGGCCAGCCGAGCGAGAUCUGGCCGUGGGUGGCCAGAUCUCUCUCCCCCGCAUCGCCGCUGUCCAGGCUCGGCCGGGCCGCCUCCCGCCGGCCUCUGACAACCGCUCGCCGUCGCCCGGAGCUCCCCCAGCCGUUCUCGUGGCCGCCGGCCGCCGCUCCCUCUCCCUGCGGCCGCGCAAGGUUUGCGGGCCGAGCCGCACCCCACCGCCGGCGCGCCUCCCCACCACCUCUGACCGUCGCCGCCGACCUCUGGGAGGUCACCGCCGCCGCCCUGAGCCGUUCCGAGGUCGCCGUCGCCGGAGAAGCCGAACCCAAGCUCCUCUCUCCCCGCGCGGGCUCGGUUUGGUCCAGCACCGCCGCAGCCGCCUUCCGCCGUCGAACGACGUGAGCACGGGUCCCUCCUGGUCGGCCGCACUCGUCCGCCGUCGUCGCCCGCGCCGCCGGAGCUCCUCGUCGGCCGGAGCGAGCCGUGUCCUCUUCGGGUUUGGAUGCCUAGGGCAUCAUUGGCCGUCGCCGCCGCCGCUUCCAGCCGCCAACCGAGUGACCUGUUGCGCUCCAGAUCGUGAGCACGGCCUCCGGUACGUCGAGACCUAUCAGUAUGUGUCUCAGCAGAACUUAGAAGUCCUCGGUUUGCGUGUACGGGCUAUGUUAUCACCCAAUUUACAUGAAAUAUUGGGAUUUUAUGUAAAUUCAGGGGCUUUUGUGCAAUUGUGCACCUUGGGGCUACUGUGGACAGUGUGUGUGAGUGUGUUUGACCUCUGGACUGAUUGUCCAUGUUCUGUUAGCUUUUGCAGAAAUCGAAGAGUCGAUUUCGAUGCGUUUUUCGGCAAAAUUCGCCGAAAGAACGCGGUUUCGGUUCGGAUUUCUUUCGACGUCGUUUGGUUGUUCUGUGGGUGGUCGCUAAGCCUUGUUGGCUGGUCACCAUCAUCACUUUGUGGGUUCGGUGAUGACGGGUGAGCGACGGUGGG